CCGCUUUACGGAAGUUGACGUUGCUAACGACAGAGGCAUCUUUUCUGAUCUUAUCCAUCAUCUGAAUUGGGAGUAAAACUUCAACAUCCAGUUUUCCGAGUUUGCAGCUGUAAUGUGGGACGUGUGUCAUGUUGACUCUGGGUCUCUGGACUGAUGGCAGCUCUAGCGGUGUUGCGUUAUGCCGGCAGCAGUCCUCUGCUCUGGGGUUGGGGGCCCAUUCUGUUUGGCCUGUUGGGGUCUGUGUUUGUCCUGCUGCUGCCUUUAGUGGGCAUCGAGGAGCAAUGCUGUGCCACGCUCAAGGGUCUCGCUCUUCUGCGCUGUCAGAUGUGGGGGAGCGUCCAGAGGCCUGUAGUUCACACCACCAGCCUGACGGUUCCUUUCACAGCACUAGACCUCCUGCCACAAAAAGUCAAGCCCAGUAAAGAGACUCAGUUGGAGGCAAAAGCAGCUCUCCAGCAGGCUCUGGAGAUGAAGAAAAGUGGAAAAAGGGAGAAAGCCCACAAGCUGCUUGUCCACGCGCUCAACAUGAACCCAGAGUUUGUGGAAGCCCUCACAGAAUUAGGAACCAUCCUGGAGGAGGAAAAAGACGUCGUCCAAGCGGACCACCUCUACACCAAAGCCCUCGCCAUCUCACCGUGCCACGAAAAGGCUCUGGUGAGCCGGGAUCGCACGCUUCCAUUAGUCGAAGAAAUCGAUCAGCGACACUUUGGGAUUAUUGAUGGGAAAGUGCGACGCCUCAUGUCCAUCCCCAAAGGCAACUCUGCCUUGCGUCGGGUCAUGGAGGAAACCUACUACCAUCAUAUUUACCACACCGUAGCCAUCGAAGGCAACACGCUCACUCUGUCUGAGAUCCGCCAUAUUAUUGAGACCAGAUAUGCCGUGCCAGGAAAGAGUCUUCAAGAACAGAAUGAGGCCAUCGGUGUUGAUGUUGCCAUGAAGUACAUUAACACCACCCUACUAUCCCGGGACGGAGCAAUAACCGUAAACGACAUCCUAGAAAUUCACAGACGGGUCCUAGGCUAUGCUGAUCCCGUGGAAGCUGGACGUUUUCGUGUUAACCAAGUGUUCGUGGGACAUCACAUCCCACCGCAUCCACAGGACUUGGACAAACACAUGCAGGAGCUGGUGCAGUGGCUGAACUCAGAGGAAGCGCUUCACCUGCACCCGGUGGAGUUUGCCGCUCUGGCGCAUUAUAAACUUGUUUACGUUCAUCCGUUCGUUGACGGGAAUGGGCGAACGUCAAGACUGCUGAUGAAUUUAAUACUAAUGCAAGCUAGUUAUCCACCAAUUACCAUUCGGAAAGAGCAGAGGGCGGAGUAUUACGCGGCGCUGGAUACAGCCAAUGAGGGCGACGUUAGACCCUUUAUUCGAUUUAUUGCGAAAUGCACAGAAAUGACACUCGAUACGCUGCUGAUCGCCACAACUGAACAUGCGGUCGGGCUGCCUGGUGCCAGUAAUCACGCCUGCCCUGACUGUAAACAGACCAUUCCAGUGCACAGCUGAGAGAGAGGCAUGUUGGGAAAUGUAACGCAAAUUUGCAUGUGUGUGGAAGCUGAAGUGCCAUCAAGCUCUGUUAUAGAUCAAUGUCCAACCUUGUACUGUGAAUUUAGCCCUACGUGGAUUCAUUGCGGAUCCAUUUUCAAGGUAUUUUUGCCCAGAAAUGUAAAAGUACUUAUCCUUAAGUGGAUCAAAAUAUUUAUGAGUUGUUUUUUCUGUUGAACACAAGAUAUUUUGAUGUAAAAUAUUUCAAAUUUCAUAGUAGGAAAAAAACACUAUGGCCAAGACAAGUCAAAGUUUAGCAGAUAUCAACGUUCUUUAAUACAUUUUGUGUUAUACAGUUAAAACAAAUGAUUAUGAUUACACCAUUUACAUUCUGGGUGAACUGUCCCUUUAAGGGUGUUAUACAGUAUAAUUAUUAGUGAAUCUGAAAGUUAAAAUGUUGCCAUUAUUUACAGCCCCUCGUGUCUUUCAGCACCCAGACAUAUUUGUUGAACUUUGGGACACAAAUGAAGAUUUUUCCAUUGAAAGUGUUCACUCCAAGCGCCAAAAAGUUCUUAAAGAGAUGUAAAUCCCUAUGAAGUGAGUUUAAUCUAAAUUUUCAGAAGAAAUGCAAUCAGAUUUCAGCUUUUAUUCAUUGUAAGCGUCGCCUUUGAUCGAUGUUUAUGAGAGUUCAAAUUUGAUGGCAGAAUCUUAGUGAUGCUUGAUUGGUGUGUGAGAACCAAUGAGGUUUAUUCUUAGAUGUCACAUGGCAUUUUUGAGCUUCCACAAGAACCAAUGUGAUUUGUUCUCAAGCACCGAUCAGUGUCAAAUAGUUAAUCACAUUCCAAAAUAAGUUUUUAUUUACAUAAUACAAGCAUGUACUGUGCAUAUUUUUAAAC